UCGACGUUAAAAUUAUGAAGACCUUAAAUAACUUGAUAGUAUAUCCUAUAACAAAAUUGAUAAACAUGUGUAUAGGAAAUAAUGUCUUUCCUGCCUUAUUAAAACUUGCAAAGAUUCUUCCACUCUUCAAGAAAGGAUGUGAAAAUGAGCCAUGUAAUUUCAGACCCAUUUCUAUAAUACCAAUUAUAGCAAAAAUUUUCGAAAUACUUUUGAAGAAUCAGAUAUGUGAAUACUAAAGAUCAAGGAAAGCAGCAGUAAACGAUUUUAUCAGUUUCAUCAACAAAUGUCUGGAAGAUAACAUGUUUGCUCUCGCUAACUUCUAUGAUCUUACAAAAGCAUUUGAUUGUG